AUCAUCAUCAUCAUCAUCAUCAUCCUCAUACUCGCCAGCAGCAGCAGCAGCAGCAUCAGUAUCAAUGGGAUUCUUCGCCGAGUUCGCUGCUUUCGCCCUUCUUUGCUCCGUACGCGAGCCUCGCAGCACUCUACGGCGCCAUUCCCAGCGCCCACUCUCAUUCUUACGAUCACGCCGAUGAUCAGCACGACGGCCGUCGCCCACGUCGCAGUGGUCGGUCGCUGGUCUUCCGGUUCCCCCACCUCGACUACCACCACAUGGCGAGCUCAGCAUCAGCAGCAGCAGCACCAGCAUCAGCAGUCUCGACCGCAGCCAUCGUCACAGCCACAUCAUCAUCACCAUCAUCAUCAUCAUCAUCACCAUCAGCAUCGUCAUCGGGUGCUGCUGGGACGUGGGACGAGACGAUCAAGACGGGCAAGUUCCUCAUUGCCGGCGGCGUUGCAGGCGCUGUCUCGCGCACCUGCGUCUCACCGCUCGAGCGCCUCAAGAUUCUAUUCCAAAUCAAACUGACGCCAACGGCCGCGCAAGAACAGGCACCGACGGUCUGGCGAUCGCUCGUCCACAUCUUCAAGACCGAGGGCUUGAUGGGCUACUUCAAAGGCAACGGCACCAACGUCAUUCGCAUGAUUCCUUACUCUGCAGUGCAAUUCGCUGCCUACGAGCAGUACAAGAAGCUCCUUCUCACCUAUCCUUCCCCGGUGGACGACCUUAACACGCCGCGGCGCUUGUUCGCUGGCGCCAUGGCUGGCAUCACAUCUGUCUGCGCCACCUACCCACUCGAUCUCAUCCGUACUCGCCUCAGCGCGCAGGGCGAAGGCCCCGAUCGCAAGUACAAGGGCAUCUACGACUGCUUGCGAACAAUUUUGCGCGAGGAAGGUGGCGCACGCGGUCUAUUCCGUGGUCUGUCGCCCACAUUGAUGGGUGUCGCUCCCUAUGUGGCACUGAACUUUACCGUGUACGAAUCCAUCAAGCGAUGGUUGCUGGACCAGAUGCAAGUUAAAGAGCUUUCCGUGCCUGUGCGGUUACUUUGCGGCGCACUUGCUGGUGCCACCGCGCAAUCGAUCACCUACCCGUUCGAUGUCAUCCGAAGGCGCAUGCAGAUGAAGGGCUGCUCAGGUCCCUCGUUCGCAUACACAUCUACACUCAAUGCGUUCACAACCAUCAUCCGCGUGGAAGGCGUCCGAGGCUUGUAUAAGGGCAUGGUGCCCAACUGCUUGAAAGUGGCGCCUUCCAUGUCCAUCAGCUUUGUCAUGUACGAGUUUUGCAAAAAGCUGCUUUUUGGCGGAGAGGUUCAAGGCGGCCGCGGUGCCCUCUAGGCGAGCUGCAAGUUGUUCAAACUCCUCUCAUCCAUUUUUUUUUUUAUAUUCGCUGCGGACUUUCAUAUCGUCUGCUAUUUUGACCAUUCUUCAUCAUCACUCUUCUUUUGUGCGCGUGCGUGUGUGUUUGUGGUAUUUGUUGUAUUUGUAAACCGUUGGCUUGGACCAUUGACUGGUUGAUUCGAGUUGCUUCC